CGAUGUCCGCAGUGAGUGUCAUGGCGCUGCCCGGGGUGCAGUUGUUGCUGGUGGCUGUAUUAUUUGAGCAUCUGUGAACCUGCCACAGAAUCUACUUAAACACAGGAUGCCUGAAAUCAAGGUUACCCCUUUAGGUGCUGGUCAGGAUGUCGGACGCAGCUGUAUACUGGUGUCCAUUAGAGGCAAAAAUAUAAUGCUGGACUGUGGCAUGCACAUGGGAUUCAAUGAUGAUCGUCGCUUCCCUGACUUCACAUACAUCACACAGAAUGGACGCCUCACAGAUUUACUGGAUUGUGUAAUAAUCAGCCAUUUUCAUUUGGAUCAUUGUGGAGCUCUGCCUUACAUGAGUGAAAUGGUUGGCUUUGAUGGCCCCAUUUACAUGACUCACCCUACUAAAGCAAUAUGCCCCAUCCUCUUAGAAGAUUACAGGAAGAUUACUGUAGACAAGAAAGGGGAGACCAACUUUUUCACAUCACAGAUGAUCAAAGAUUGCAUGAAGAAAGUUGUGGCUGUAAAUCUUCAUCAGACUGUACAGGUGGACGAUGAGCUAGAAAUAAAGGCGUACUAUGCUGGGCAUGUUUUAGGAGCUGCCAUGUUUCAGAUCAAAGUGGGGUCAGAGUCUGUGGUUUAUACUGGUGAUUACAACAUGACUCCAGAUCGACAUUUGGGAGCUGCUUGGAUUGACAAGUGCCGUCCUGAUUUGCUUAUAUCAGAGUCCACUUAUGCAACAACGAUCAGAGACUCUAAGCGUUGCCGUGAACGAGACUUCUUGAAGAAGGUCCAUGAAACCGUGGAAAAGGGAGGAAAGGUUCUCAUUCCUGUAUUCGCUCUAGGACGUGCUCAGGAACUCUGCAUCUUACUGGAAACCUUCUGGGAGCGGAUGAACCUGAAAGCCCCAAUUUACUUCUCUACAGGCCUAACCGAGAAAGCAAACCAUUACUACAAACUCUUCAUCACUUGGACCAACCAGAAGAUUAGGAAAACGUUUGUACAGAGGAACAUGUUUGAAUUUAAGCACAUAAAGGCUUUUGACAGGGCUUUUGCCGACAACCCAGGUCCAAUGGUGGUGUUUGCAACCCCAGGAAUGCUGCAUGCUGGUCAGUCCCUGCAAAUCUUCCGCAAAUGGGCAGGAAAUGAAAAAAACAUGGUGAUUAUGCCUGGUUAUUGCGUACAAGGCACAGUGGGUCAUAAAAUCCUCAGUGGUCAACGCAAGUUAGAAAUGGAAGGCAGGCAGACGCUGGAAGUUAAAAUGCAGGUGGAAUACAUGUCCUUCAGUGCCCACGCUGAUGCUAAAGGAAUUAUGCAGCUGAUUCGUCAGGCAGAACCACAGAAUGUGCUACUGGUACACGGAGAGGCCAAAAAGAUGGAGUUUCUGAAACAGAAAAUAGAGCAAGAGUUUCGAAUUACAUGUUUCAUGCCAUGCAAUGGAGAGACCUCCACCAUCAGCACAAACCCAAACAUACCAGUGGAUAUCUCUUUGAACCUCCUGAAAGAGAGUGCACAGAGCUUUGGACCAGACUGCAAGAAACCUAGACUGAUGCAUGGGAUGCUUAUAAUGAAGGAUAAUACUUUGCGCCUAGUUUCACCGGAGCAGGCUCUGAAAGAGAUUGGCAUCGGGGAGCACCAGCUUCGAUUCACCUGCAGAUUGCACAUUCAAGAUGCACACAAAGAACCAGAGACUGUAACGCGGAUAUAUACUCAUCUAAAAAGUGUACUUAAAGAUCGAAAUGUACAGCAGCUGCCUGAUGGAUCUAUCAUGGUGGAAUCUAUUCUUCUUCAAGUGUCAACUCACUCAGAUGAUUCAGCAACAAAGGUUCUCCUUAUAUCCUGGACCUAUCAGGAUGAAGAGCUGGGGAGUUUUCUAACCUCCCUACUGAAGAAAGGCCUUCCCCAAGGAACAAGUUAGUCUACUCCUGGUCUACUAAAACAGAAACCUGCAAUGUGCUCUGGCGGCUUUUCAGCUCCUGUAGUUCUCAGGAAUCCAUGUCUGUGUCUUGGACCGUAUCUAGCCUCACAUCAGCUAAUAUACAAGAUGCUACGGUGGUUA